ACUAUAUUCGAUUUGCUACCUUCAAUCUGCACUCCUUCCAAAUCACAAGCGUAGCGCCGCAAAAUUCAGCUCACAAAACAAAUAGAAAGUGCCCACAAAUUUCUGCAACCAUUUUUCAACAUGGCAUUUCUCUUUCAGAAAUUUCAAGAGGCUGUAAAAGUGCUCGCCAAAAGUCCCACAUUUGCUCGAGAUGGAAGGCGCCUUCAGUUUGAGGCCGACAUUAAUCGCCUUUUUCUUUACACCAGCUACAAUCGUUUGGGAAAGAAUGCUGAUGAAGUAGAUGCAGAGGAGAUUAUUGACAUGGCUAGUAAGGCUUCGCUAGCUGAGCAGCAGAAAUUGGUCCAAGAAAAUAUUCAUGCUCAAAUCAAUAACUUCUGUACGUCCAUGGAUGACAUUCUCCUUCCUGAUCCAAGUACUGCUGAUGACACAGUUAAUUCACCUUCGGAAAAAAAUACAACUACUCAACGCAGCGGUCUUAGUCUUGCUAUUGGUAGGAGUGCUCCGUUAUAUGGUCGUCCUGCCGUGCCGGAAACGAAGCAACUAAAGAGUUAUGAGGUGUCACAGAAACUCAAAGAUCUCAUCGGUUACACUCUUGACAUCAAGCCAUCUCAAAUUGAGCAUGAGGAUGCUGGGCAAGGUUUAUACGUAGAUGGUGAAGCUGAUGUAGGUUCUGUAAUAGCUAUUUACCCUGGUGUGGUAUACUUCCCAGCUUACUACCGUUUUAUACCUGGAUACCCGAGAGUUGAUUUGCAAAAUCCUUAUUUAAUAACAAGGUAUGAUGGAACUGUAAUUAAUGCACAGCCGUGGGGUUUUGGGGGUGAAGCUCGGGAAAUAUGGGAUGGCUCAAGUGUUCAAGAACCUAGAUCAAAUAUCAAGCAUGCAGAAAAUGGUUCAGAUCGAAUUUGGAAGCUGCUUAGUAAACCUUUGAACGGCACACAAGUGGGACGGAAGGGAGAAGUGUUGGAGCGGAGAAACCCUUUAGCCUUUGCUCAUUUUGCCAAUCAUCCUGCAAAGGAUAUGGUCCCAAACGUUAUGGUCUGCACAUAUGACUUUCCACAAACUGAGAAGAAUAUGAGAACCUAUAUACCAAACAUUUCAUUUGGAAAUGGAGAGGAGGUAAAAAUGAAGAAGUUCGGUACUUUCUGGUUCAAAUCUUGGAGAUCAAGUAGCUACGAGUCAGAAAUCCCUAUUCUCAAGACACUUGUUCUUGUGGCUACAAGAGCAAUUUGUAAUGAGGAGGUGCUUUUGAACUACAGAUUGAGCAACUUGAAGCGUCGGCCAUCAUGGUAUACUCCUGUGGAUGAGGAAGAAGAUCGACGAAGGUGGAGCUAGAUAAAUCAGUUCGAGUGAUUCACCUUUUCAGUGUAAACUUGCCUCACCUGAGUUUUGACUUGAGAGCUGUAGUUUUUUCGUCCCUCAUUUGGAUUUUUUUGUGAUAUUUACUUAUUACCAUUUCAGUUGGCCUGUAUUAUUAUGGCAGAGUAACUAGUUUUGUUUAGAUAAUAUUAUUGUCCACAGAGUUCAUUAGAGAUUGCUUUCAAAACCUCAUAAUCACAAGUGAAAUAUACUGUGGUGUUUGAAUACUACAGAAAAUCUCUUUGCAGUC